UAUGUAUGUACCUCUAAUAAUAUAAACUUAACCUAAUGUUAUUAAUAUUAUGAGUAAUUAAGUAUUAAUUGUGUGCGACCUAAUCUAUCAGCGUUAAUCAUGCUUAUAGAAUAAAAAACAAUACAGCAUUACUGCUCGCGACUUUACUUUUACUUUCAACAUAUAGUCACAACAGCUGUUAAUUAAUAAUUGUAACUAUUGCUCUGUGUAAAUAGAACAUAAAAGCAAUCGAUUUGCUCUGAAAAUUCAAGUUUCUUUUUUAAUAGAAUGGCAUCCGAAGAACAAAAAGCUUUAUCUACAUUUCUAAAAGAUGUGCAUUCUGCCCUAAGAAACUCCACAAGUCAAAUCGGGGUCGAGAAAGCUUGGAAGGCACAUAGCAAAAAUACAGAGAUCCUUAAAAAAUAUGCACAGUGUAUGGAAAAAUUGGCUACAACAUAUUGGGAACACAGUGAGACUAUAUCAAGAAUAGAUUGGACAGCAAAAAUUUGUUAUGAAUAUUUCAUAAACAAAACUUACUUACAUUACCGUGAACAAGAAGAAAACAUAGCAAAUAAACUGCAACUAAAAUUAAACACUGUAGAAUCAUUUUCAGAAGUACUGAAGUUGGUUGAUGUUGGCAGUUGCUAUAAUCCUUUUAAGUUAUAUAAUUAUUUUGAUGUUUUUGCUAUCGAUUUAUGCCCUGCUAAUGAGUCUGUAUUACAGUGCGAUUUUUUAGAUACACCAAUUGGCACUAGAACCGUAAUUGAAGACAAUAAAGUUAAAGAAAUAGGAGAAAAUAGCUAUGAAAGUGUGACAUUUUGUUUUUUAUUAGAAUAUAUUCCAACUUCCCAGCUUCGAAUGACUGCAUGUCAAAAAGCCUAUGACAUAUUGAAACCUGGAGGGUUGCUUACUGUUACCACACCGGAUUCAAAACAUGUUGGAGCAAAUAGCAAAACAAUGAAGUGCUGGCGUUAUGCAUUUGCCUUAAUGGGUUUUUCAAGAAUUCGUUAUCAGAAAUUUCAACACAUGCAUUGUAUGGCAUUUCGAAAGUGUUUAUUGAAAGAUGUAGCUAUUCGCUGGGCUAAUAUUCAUAAAGAACCUUUUAUGGAAUAUGCAAUACAUAUACCACAAGAUUUUAAUACUAAUGAAAUUAGUAAAAAUUCUUCCCAAAACCAAGUCAUCCAUCACAUAAUUGAUGAUUUUCAAGAAUUGCCAUUCUAUAAUAUGAACGAAUGAUUUAAUAUGUAAUUAAAAUGCUUAACAAAUAUUGACUUA